AUGGCUUGCCUUGAGAAGAAAGAAAACUCACAGUUUGUUUCUAAAUUCGAUCAAAACCCUAGCAAUAAUUCUGCCGACGAGUCUUGUCCGCAAAUUGUUUCUUUCCAUCAAAACCCUAGCUCCGACGAUUGUGGGGCAUCUUCAUCACAAUUUGUAUCUGACUUCGAUCAAAAACCAACCGCAUUGCCUUCUCCACAUAUGGUUUCUUUCGAUCAAAACCCUAACUCCUCUCUCGACGAAAUCUGUGGCCUGUCUUUCGAUCAAAAUCCUGGCAAAUCUCUCGACGAAAUCUUUGGCUACCCUUGUUCACAAGUUGCUAAUCCAAACCCUAGCUCCUCUGUUGAAGAAAUCUAUGGCGAGUCCUUGUCUGUUCAACCUUAUUGCUUCGAUACCGGUGAUCUUGGAUUUGCUAACACUUCUCUCGACCAGAUCUAUGGCGAGUCUUGUUAUUCACAAGUUGCUACUUUUGAUCCAAACCUUAGCUCCAAAGCCAAUGAAGAAGAAGAUGACUACAUGGUCAAUAUCGAAGAACUUUUCAGUGAAGAAGAGUUGGGAUUGCUCGGUUUCUGUGAGUUCAUUGAUUGA